AAUCCAGCAAUACAAAUGGGGUGUAAAUUUCUAUCAACGCUUCAGUCUAUGAUGUUUCUUUUAUGGAGUUUUCUCGUCAUUUGUUUAUGUUAUGUUGCGUGGUGGAAGCAUGAGAGCUAUAAAACUAAUAAGCUUAUUAGAGAGCAAGGAAUCAAAGGUCCUCCACCUUCUCUGCUGUUGGGAAACAUACCAGAAAUGGAGAGAAUGGUUUCUCAAAAUUCUGAAACUCCACAGAUCGAUGGUCCCUUAAUUGUCUUACCCUAUCUCAAGCAUUGGGCCAAAAACUAUGGUAAGUUAUUCAAGUUUGCACUUGGUGGAAUACAAUUGUUGUACGUGAAUAAUCUGAGCAUAGUGAGAGAAAUAAAUCUGUUCACAUCAUUUGAACUUGGAAAACCUGCUUAUUUACAAAAUGACAGAGGAGUUCUAUUAGGCAAGGGCCUUAAUACUGCAAACGGUGAUGUUUGGCAUCAUCAAAGAAAGACCAUUGCCCCUCAACUCUACAUGCACAAGGAUAUGGUGAAUCUGAUGGUCGAAUCUGGUAGUAUGGUAGUUAAAGCAUGGGAGAAGAUAAUAGAUAGAGAAGGUGAGGGUGGGAUGGUUGAUAUAGUGGUGGAUGAGCAUGCGAGAAUUUUCACUACUUAUAUUGCCUCAAAAAUAAUAUUUGGAAGUGAUCAUCAUAAAGGAAUUAAAGUAUUUUCCAAGUGUCAUGAACUCCUCAAGGCUAUGGGUGAAACCACAACUCUUGGGAUUCCUUUACUAAGAUUUCUUCCUAUAGAAAGGAAUAGAAAAACAUGGAGAUUAGCAAAAGAGAUCCAUGGAAUGAUAAUGGACAUAGCUAAGGAGAGAAGUGGAUCUACAUCUCAUCAGGACUUAUUACAAGCUAUCAUUGAAGGAUCCAAGAAUGGUGAGCUUGGAAAGUUAACAGAAGAUGAGUUCAUAGUUGACAAUUGCAAAAAUAUGAUGUUUGGUGGGUACCAAUCCCCGGCUGUUGCAGCAAUUUGGGGUUUAAUGUUACUAGCUUCACAUCCUGAAUGGCAAGACCGUGCUCGGUUUGAAGUUUUAGAGAUUUGUAAGGGACAACAGCUCCUAGACUACAAUAUGCUCAGCAAGAUGAAAGUGUUAAAAAUGGUGAUCCAAGAGGUUCUGAGGCUUUAUCCAGGAGUGACAUUGGUUUCAAGAGAGGCAAUGCAAAAUGUGAAGCUUGGUGAAUUGAAGGUUCCAAAAGGAAUGGACAUUUGGAUAUGGCUACCAGCAUUGCAUCGUAAUCCUGAAUAUUGGGGAGCUGAUGCAGACGUGUUUAAUCCUGAGAGGUUCACUAAUGGAGUUACUGGAGCUUGCAAGUCUUCACAAGCCUAUAUACCUUUUGGAUUGGGAGCUCGAGUGUGUCCUGGACAGAACUUGGCUUUAAUAGAAUUGAAAGUGUUUUUUGCUGUCAUACUCUCUAAUUUCAAACUUACUAUCUCUCCUAAAUAUCGACACUCACCUACUUAUGGUCUGCUUUUGGAGCCUGAGCAUGGUGUGAAUCUCCUUAUUCAAAAGAUAUGAGUGCUUUGCUUGAAAGUUGAGCUUCAUGUAAUAAGUUCUCAUGCAAUAUGUUCAUGUACUUUAGUAUUAAAAAUAAUUUCUUGUAAAGAAAAACUGCUUUAUGGUUAAUCCUAUCUUAAGAGGAAGUGAUUUUA